AUGGCAGACCAUUUAGAACAUGAUGCGCUUAGAAAACACAAAAGUAGAGAGAAUGAAACCCCUGAUCAACGCCAAAAUCGUUUUGCUCGCGAUCGUGAUAAUAAAAUGAAGAGGAAAAGUGCUGAAAGUGCAGAAGAACAUAGAGAACGCUUGGAUAAAGAAAAAGGUCAAAAAAAGCAACGAAGAGCCUUAAAUGUUGCUGAUGUAAACUUAAACAAUCAAGAUAAUGAACAAAUGUUUGAUCUUACUGAGAUUGAGGAAAUGUUGAUUGCACAAAUAUUUCCUGUAAUCUCAGUAUAUUGCCUUCGCGGAGGCCAGUAUACAUAUAAAGGAAAUGUUAUCAACUUUCCUCAAGACGUACAUGAGUUUGCAAUACGUCUUCCUCGUCAACCAUCAUCAUUGGACGUUCUUGUUGUGCGUCGACAGUCUGCAAGUGGACCUGCCUUCAGAGAUUUUAAUGUUCGCUGUGUUAAAAUUGCUAAGGCGCUUAUAUGGCUCAAAUCAAAUAAUCGGUAUUAUGCUAACAUUGAAAUUGAUAAUGAAGCACUUCAGUCAUUACCUGAAAAUGGUCCAAUUGAUAAUUACCUUCCGCAAGUUCAAAACACGGAAGAUGAAAGCUUAAACGAUGACGAAAAUGAAACUGAUGAUAUAAUUAUACGCAACUUCGUUCCAGUUUCUCCCCGAUCUCAUCGUGAAAAUGACACAAUUAAUGAUGCUCUUGCAAGAAUGCAAACCAGGAAUACGAUAGCAUGGCCAAAUAUUGAUGGUAAUUCCAAUAAUGAAUUCCAUACUCCCGGAUACAUUAUGCGUGCUUUUCCGACUUUGUAUCCAUAUGGAAAAGCUGACCUUCAUUCAGAACGUUUGAGAGAUGUAAAGCCUGCAGAAUAUUUCCAACAUAUGCUUAAAUACAAAGACGGCAGAUUUGCACAGCAUACUUGUUGA